GCGUGGAUCAAUCUGUUGCACAAUUUUAACAGUGACUGCUUAAAUUUUUGAUCAUUGCCCUUUCAGAGGGCUUCCAAAAGGUGCAAGACCGGAAUGGUUUUCGCCUGAAAAUCCAACGCCCCAAUGUCAGACAAGCCGAAAUUCACGCUGCCUAGUCUGAGUCAGAUUGAGCAAGCACAACAGCAAACCAAACCAACCAUAUUUUGGAAAAGCAAAGAUACAUCCACUGCCAAUGAUUCCGGCAAUGGAUCUUCCACCAUCCAACCGCCGCCGCCGCAGCAGCAGGUCACCGUUACCAAUAUCGCCCCUGCAAUAUCACAGAUACCUUCGUCACCAGCACGGCCAGCGUCAUCAUCGGUUCAUACGCCUAACUCGACCAUAUCUCCUGCACCCGCUCAGCCAGCAACGGCGGCCUCGGACGCGGUGAUUGUAUCAGCGCCUGCCGUGCGAAGAGGCGUAGGCAAUGCAAUCUUGGUGAAUCCCACUCAGCACAAAAAUCCCAUCCUUCGAUACGUUCACAAUGUUCCUUGGGAACCGGAUGAUACCAUCAAGCCAGAUUAUGUCGUCGGUCUAACCACGGGAGUUUUAUAUCUGAGUCUACGUUAUCAUCGACUUUACCCUAAUUACAUUUACGAACGCAUGGCCAAAUUAACUCGUCUCUAUGUGCUCAAAGUGUUACUGGUGCUUGUGGAUAUUGAAAACUACCAUGACACGCUACGUGAAUUGAAUCGUACUGCCAUUUUGCAGGAUUACACACUGAUGCUGGCUUGGAGCCACGAGGAAGCAGCACGAUACCUGGAAACGUACAAAGUAUUUGAGAACAAACCACCGGAUUUGAUUCGUGAACGCAUGGUCGACGAUUACUAUACCAAAAUGACGGAUUGUCUCACCAACGUAAAGAGCGUAAACAAGACGGACGUACUGACUCUGUUGUCCUCUUUCGGCUCGUUCAAAGGCAUCGCCAACGCUUCCACCGAACAAUUGGCCAUGUGUCCAGGUUUCGGUGAACAAAAAGUCAAACGCUUGCAGCAAGCCUUUACGCAGCCCUUCACGAUCCAUCCCUCCAAACGCAAGCGUGUGCAAAAGUAAUCCAUAUACUGUAGAGUGGUUUUCUACACACCUUUGCAAACCCCUUCCACCCCCUUCCUUGUAAAUAGUAUACUAUCUUUGAUCCAUAUUGAGCGCGACUCGCUUCCCGUUGAUAUUUUUAUAAUGAUUUGAACAUUUUC